AUGAGAUCCUUGCUCCUAACAGGGCUCAGCUUAGCUCUCACGGCUGCUGUUAUUGGCAAUGCAUAUUACCAGAAGCAGCAGUUCUACCCGUCUGUUGUGUACAUCACGAAGUCAAACCCUUCCAUGGCUGUGAUGUACGUACAGGCUCUAGUGUUUGUGGUUUUGGUGGGUAAAAUGUUGCGAGCAAUAUUCUUUGGCCAGCUGAGGGCUGCUGAGAUGGAGCAUCUCAUUGAGCGAUCCUGGUAUGCAGUCACAGAAACAUGCCUUGCCUUUACAGUGUUCAGAGAUGACUUUAGUCCCCGUUUUGUUGCGCUGUUUACACUUCUUUUGUUUCUCAAGUGUUUCCAUUGGUUGGCCGAGGAUAGAAUUGAUUAUAUGGAGAGAAGUCCUGCCAUUUCUUGGUUGUUUCAUAUUCGAGCAUUAUCUCUGAUGUUUGUCCUUGGUUUGUUGGAUAUCUUGUUUGUGAAGCAUGCGUUUGAGUCAACUAUGACAAAAGGCCCAUCUGUUCAGCUGGUGUUUGGCUUUGAGUAUGAGAUCUUGUUUACUGUGGUGCUGAUGACAUUCAUCAAGUAUGUGCUGCACACGAUAGACUUACGAAGUCAGAACCCAUGGGAUAACAAAGCUGUGUAUCUCCUCUACUCAGAACUGGUUAUGGGCUUGAUUCGAGUGGUGUUGUAUGUGGCCUUUGUGUUCAUCAUGAUCAAAGUUCAUACAUUCCCAUUGUUUGCAAUUCGACCAAUGUACCUUACAGUCAGGGCAUUCCAGAAGACUGCUCAAGAUGUUGUUCUGUCCAGGCGAGCUAUUCGCAACAUGAACACACUAUAUCCAGAUGCCACACCGGAGGAGCUGAGUGCAGGAGACAAUGUGUGCAUCAUUUGUAGAGAGGAAAUGACUACCGGAUGCAAAAGACUGCCAUGUAACCACAUUUUUCACACUAGCUGUCUACGAUCAUGGUUCCAGCGCCAGCAGUCUUGCCCGACCUGCAGACUGGAAGUCUUGCGGAUGCCCAGACCAGCAGCAGCUGCAGCUCCACAACCCCAACCACAGCCGCAGCCAGCACCUCCUGACCAAGCGCCCAAUCCACUUCAGAAUA